UCCAGAGAUCAUCUAACACAGGGAUUGUCAUUCUUCCGUAUAGUUCAGGCUUUUAUAUAUUUUCAUCAUCUUCUAUCACAACGUAAACAAAAGCAAAUCAUGAGGAAAGCAAUGCAUCUCUGAAGACUCAUUCAUUUGUCAAAUAAAUAAAUAAAAAUUCCUGUCAAAUGCAAAAAUCAUCUUGAUCCAUAUAGCUGGUGGAGCCAUUUUGGCCUAUCGGUAUGUGUUUGUGCAGACUGCGUUGGCAUAAUGCUCAACCGUUUGAUCCAGUGGGAAAAGAUAAAUCAUAAACGAUGUAAGGACUAAUACAGCUGCAGUUCUGGUAUCUUCUGUUUUUAUGCAGAUAAGCCUUCAUUUAGGAGUCUGUUUAGACUCAUUGUUGUGCAGGAAAAGAUUUUAGCUCUCUUUAUUCUUACAAUAGCUAGCAGACACUUGAAGUUUUGGGGGGUCAUUUAUAAUUUCAUCCAUCUUUCAAUAAAAGCCCUGUUCCAUCUUGAGAAUAGUCGACCCCUGAGCAUAAUGCAACCACCGUGUCUCACUUUGACCCAAAUGUUCACUCGCACCUGGAAGAACGACUACCGGCAAGCAAACACAGUUAUAAUGGUGGAGGUAGUGAAAAUACCUCCACCAUGAGCUGCUCUAAUAGUAGAGCUAGUGGUGAGAAGUAGUGAUAAUGGUGCCUUAUCCAUUUUGUUGCUGAUAAAGCAAAAAAUGAUGAGACAUUUUUCACCAACUUAAGACAAAUAAGAUGGACACAAAAUACAUUGUUUACAGGAAACAACAGAGGUCACUGAAUACUUUCAACAAACUUUUACAUGUCAAAAGUUUACAGUUAUCGGGCGCCUUGUUUGCCUCUCCGUUGCCGCCCUGGGCGACUGCCAUCGAAAGUUCUGGAAGCGCGUAUGAGCGCCGAUGGUUGUUCAGAAAUGCUAGGGGCAAAUUGGGCUCCUGAGACACACAGUCCCUGUUGGAGUUAAUUAAAGCUGCAGCUUGAGAUCACAUUUGGAAGGGGUCGGAUCGUGCCGACAGCAGUGGAGAGGAGAGAGGGGCGUGUCUGCUCCUGGCCUGGAGGCACAUUAAUCGGUCUGCUGGCGGAGCGGAGGACGGGAAAAACGCAGCGCUGCGGAGGGAGGGAGGAAGAGAGAGAGAGGGAGGGAGAGACAGGGGAGGAGGAACUACUAGUGGGGGGAAAAAAAAGUUAAAGUGAAAAUGGCUUCCUUGUCUUUAGAGUCUACAGAACAAUCUGAGAACAGCCCAGAGGAGCCGUCAGCAGCCGAGUCCAAGGAAGACAAAGAAACCGCUCGAGUGUCGGAACAUCUGCUCCAAAGUUUCCAGAAGUCGGCCCUGAGUUUCUCCACUGACCAGGUUUCGUGUCUGUGCGAGGCCCUGCUGCAGGCGGGUAAUGUGGAUCGCCUGUGGAGGUUCCUCUCCACCAUACCUCCUGCGUCCGAGCUGCUACGUGGCAACGAGACGCUGCUGAAGGCCCAGGCGCUGGUGGCCUUCCACCGGGAGGAGUUCAAGGAGCUGUACGCCAUCCUGGAGAGCUACGACUUCCACCCUUCUAACCAUGGGUUCCUGCAGGACCUGUACCUCAAAGCCCGCUACAAGGAGGCGGAGAGGUCCCGGGGCCGCAGCCUGGGCGCCGUGGACAAGUACCGGCUCCGGAAGAAGUUCCCCCUGCCCAAAACCAUCUGGGACGGGGAGGAGACCGUGUACUGCUUCAAGGAGAAGUCCCGGAACGCUCUGAAGGAAUGUUACAAGAGCAACAGGUACCCCACUCCGGACGAGAAGAAAAACCUGGCCAAAGUCACCGGACUGUCCCUCACGCAGGUCAGCAACUGGUUCAAGAACCGCAGGCAGAGAGACAGGACCCCGUCCGGGACCCACAGCAAAAGUGAGUCCGAUGGGAACCACAGCACUGAAGACGAGGCGAGCGUCAUGGACGAAGCGGCGGACAAACCUGAGGAGCCCGUUGGCUCCGGGGCGUCCAUCAUCUCCGUCUCGGCGGUCCCCUGCAGCGCCGGGAGCCAGCUCAUCCUCAACAGCUCCAGCGGCUUCCUCACAGCGCCGCAGCCUUUGCUGCUGAACGGAAACUCUCUGAUCUCCGGCGCCGGGGCCGGCGUCAUCAUCAACGGCCUGAGUCUGGGUGACUGCCAGACGGUCACGCUGAGUCCUGUCACCACCAGCUCUCCUCUGAUCCUGAACGGCGCUCAGGUCAUAGCCAAACCGGGGGUCAGCGCAGGGCAGCAGGAGGCGGCGGGGGCCAAGGCGGCAGUUCUGAGCAGCAACAUGCAAUCUUCCGAGGCCUCCGCCAUCGUUUCUCCUCCACUUCAAACCAUAGCAAAGAGCGGCAACAACAUGGAUUUUCUCGUCCGCUGUGAAUCGGAGGGAGGCAGCCAGACGGUGUCCCCGUCCUCCUCGUCUUUGUCGCCCUCCCCACCAGCUCUGUCGUCUCCCGUCAGUCUGUCAUCUCUAGUCUUGACCCAGAACCCACAACAUCAAGAGCCGCUCUCCCUCACAGCGCCUCUGUCUUCCGCAGGCGUAGUUAUUUCUAACGCUCCCAGUCAGCAGGGGGCUUUUCCCUCGUCGGUUUCUUCCAUCCACUCCGCCCCUCAUGUCAUCUCUUUGCCCCAAGUUGUGCCUUCCAUCCACUGUGCACCAGUAUCCCAUCUGGUCCAGACGUCUUUAGGAUCCCAGUGCCCUCAGCUCGUCCCAGUAUCCCCACUCGCCUCGUCGGCUCCACCAUUCCAAAACCCUCAAACUCAAAACCCGGGUGGCAGACCACCAGAGCAGCAGAAAGAGCCCCCAACAACUGUAUCUGAAUCUGCUGCGACUGUGGUUUCGGUGUCAGAGCUAAGCAACGCUGCCCUCCAGCAAAUAAACUCCAAAAUCCAGACUCCGCAGGUUCUCUCCGCGUCUUCCCCAACUCCAGUAGUGCCGGUGUCGCACACCAAAGGCAGCAGCACCCCUGCACAGUUAGUCUCUCUCUCCAUGCCUCAGCUGGUCCCCGUCUCCUCCAUCCAGACCUCCUCCAACGUCUCUUUCCCUCAGGUGGUGCCGGCCAGCCCGGCUCUCUCCGUCCCCUCGGCCGGGCUGCCCUUGCAGAUCCUGGCUUCGGCUCCCGGAUCCGGAGGGGCUCCGCAGACCCCGCUGCGGAUAAACCCACUGAGUUCGAUUCAGAGAGUGGGGAACCCGAGCAGCGUGGCCCCCGCCGUGCAGCUGCUGAACCCUGGGAUCAUCCAGCUGCCUUCCUCUCCAACAGGGAACCUCGUUCUUGGUGGAAGUCCUUAUCUGAGUGUCCAGCAGGGGAAGCUGAUUCUGACCAUCCCAGCAGGGAUCCAGCUCACCAGUUUACCCCUGAAACCAGUCCCAGACGCACCCACCAUCUCUGCCAACGGCGUGGCGGGGCUUCUUGGCCCCUCCGCGCCCCCCGUGGCCCACCAGCCUCCGUCCGCCUCCGGCUCGACCGCCGCCGGUCCGGCAGCUUCGCCCUUGAACUUCAUCAGCUCGUCCCCUCUGUACUGCGCUCCGGACUCCGCCGUCGCCACCAGCCAGGCGCUCGCGGACCAGCCCGUCACCAUGACGACGCACAGCGCGCUCGCGCCGGAGAGCAUGCUGGCCCUCGGCCCCGUGCACAGCGGCGUGGCGCCGAGCCUCCAGCUGUCCCAGCCGGCGUGGAGCCCCGUGUCGCUCUCCACCUCGGCCAGCCUGACUCUGUUUGACAUGCGGGGGAAGGGCGAGCUGCCCGUAGACCCCGCCCUGCUCGGCCUGCCCGGCGGCGAGUCGCUCCUGCUGGGGAGCCCCUCGCCGGGGCAGGACGAGGACGCCAGGUCUCCCCUGGGCGACCCAGAGGAGAUGGACGGGGACCCCAAGAUCCUCACUCAGCUCCAGUCGGUCCCCGUGGAUGAAGACCUGGGUUUGUAGUCUCUUAAAACUGUACGCUGGCGACAACAAUCUCUGAAUCACUUUCCGUUUCUCCUCACGACCCGACACGUUACCUUCACACUCUCCAAGCAUAUUAAUGAGGCAUGUAAACGUUUUAAUGUCUUCACAGUCCUGACUGGCACUUUUGAGAGAUGUUUUUGCAGUUUCGUUUUGCGGUGUUUGGCAGCUCCAGUCAGAACUUUGCAUACGCUUUUCAUGGAUAUCAACGUCACACCGGUUUAAAGAUUUAAUCCAACCAUCCUUCUCACUGAAAGUAUCGAUUUAUACCAGGGUCGUCGAUGUUACGUAACGCAUAUUAACCUCAUUACCUAUUCUGACCUAAAAGCGUCAGUACAGAAAAGUGAAUAGAUCCACUUUAAAGAAAUAUAAAAUAUAGAAAAUAUAGUUUUUAUUUCUACCAGCAUAUUUGUUUUAAAAGCAUUAGAUAGAUAUAAAAUUAUGUGUUUGUUUUUCAACCAUAAAAUGAAUUCUACCUGAUUAUAUCCUUUUUUGUUUUUGUUUUUUUGAAAGGGUUUAGCUUUAGACGAAUUUUCAUUUCAAUGAGGCUGAAAGUGAGAAUUUCUACUUGGAGAGUAAAUGUUUCUCAGCCCAAAGAUGAGGAUUUGACAGCUAGAUCUUCAAUAAACCCAAACACACGGAAUCUGAGGUCAGGAGAACAAAACGGGCCAACGUUUGGCUUCAGGAAUGCCCUGACCUCAACUACGCUCAAAAUUUGCUGAAUAUUCCUGAAAGCUCGGAGAGAUCCAGAGAAAAACAACUUAAAUGUGGUUCACCAGGAAGGUUUGUCAAGCAUCCAUGAAUGCCUCCUCGCCCAGUUUUGCUUUGCAUUCUAAGCUCUCCUGUAGUCAGAAACAUAAACAAUGAGUCGGAUGCAGCUUUAGAUGCAAAAAUAAUUACUAAAUAAAUGACAUCGACGUCCAUGAUGAGUGUAAACGUGUCUGGAGACGCUUCGUUUUGAGGUUUUUCCUACUCGAUUUUAAGGGAAUUUUCUGCCGUUUUUAGCCACAUUUAAAAAAUACAUAAAUAAAAAUCUUACUCGAGAGAGGAGUAGAGCUGGAUGACAUUUUGAGGAAAUUCAACAGUACAUUUUCCUGGAGUUUUUCCUCGGGGCGCCACCGAAAGAGAGAAGAUCUGGUAAAGUGAAAACACUUGAGCAUUUUUCAGCGAGAGCUUCUGGACUUUGACUCUUCCUCCGCCACCAACACUCCAAAAUGAAGAGCAUGAAAACCUUUAUGCUCUUUAUUUUGGCUCCUAGUUGCAAGGGAAACACAACAGUAUUUCACAGAUAUGAACCAGUUACUGAAGUCUGGCGAACCAGCCAGGUUUGUUGCAUUUUAUGUAAAGUUGUUUUUCGUUUUUUUUUUUUUUUUUUUUGCAGAUUUUGAAUUGUGUGAUUGAAAUGAUCAUGAUAAUAAUGAUACAGGAGCUAAAAGGGUUUUAAGAACAGGUUAUAACUCUAUGCAAUAUAUGUGUAGCAUUAUAGGACACUACGUCGCACAACACUUGGGAGAUGAAAUGAAGCGUUGACGUGCAUUACACUAAAGCGUUUUGCUCUGAUUGUGAUGUUUCUCAUCAAAUGCAGCCAAAGUCUCAGUACAAUGAUGCUGAUAAGUGCCUUAUUUUAAACAGUAUCUUUUUUUGUUUUUGUUUUUAAUGUUAUCUUGUUUUGUGUUUGUUACACCGUUUUUGUGUGACUUGUAUGUUGCUGACCAGAUCUUUGGACUUUGAAGAACAUUUCUACGUCAGCUUGACCCUCUGUGAAUUGCUGUGAUACUUUAUUUGCAUGGUCGUUGCUCCAUCUCAUAUCUUUUUGUUUUUGAAAAAAAAAAAAAAAUCGUUGUAUAUUUUGCACAUUUCAUUCGCAGUAAAGUUUACGUUGACGCUCCCGUUCUGUCGUGAUGGCGGUGGGACUCAUUGGUUCCGGACGCUCCGGGUCCUUCGGAUUUAAACGCUAAACCAAACAGGCCGUCAAAGCCUUUUUGCUCGUGUAUGGUACAUAAAUGUACAGUGGAUGUCAGAAGUGGACACGCCCCUGUUAAAACGGCAGGUUUUUGUGACUUACAGCUGCAGUAUGUACCUUAUUAUUUUAAAAAAAUGUUGUUUUUAUUUUGUUUUGUUUGUUUGUUAGAUAUUUGUUGAAAUUGUCACCAUCUCAACUGAUGAUGAGACAGAAGUUCCUUGGAAAAAAGUCAAGCUAUCCCACCUCGUCCCAGUGCUACCACUGGUAAAACUUUUAGGAUUUAGUUUCCGAACUUCAAUUUUCCUCUCAUGAGGUAAUAAUCCUUGUCUGGGUUUUGAGGAGUGCUCUGAAGAAAAAAAAAACAUCUUCAGAUUUCUAGCAGACAUUGGAAGGUUUUGGAUUUAAACUGGGGGCAGAAAAAGCAAAGCCAGGUCAACAUAUCACUGUGGUUGUUUUCUUGUUUUCUCUUUCUUCCUUUAGUGAUUGACGGUGGUUUUGCCAGACCUAUAUUUAUAGGUUGCAUCUGUUUGAGCUCAUGACAUACGAUCACAAGGCGUUUGACGAUUUCAAGGCGUUCCUUGACUUGUUUUCUCUGGAAGAAUUCAACUUGGCUUAUCAAACCUACACACUUAAUCAUCUGAUUCAUCCGGCAGCUGCAAACUGUGGCUUUAACGGAGCGAUUAAAGUGAGGAACAUUUUCUAAAAAGAUGUCCCAACCUAAUUCAGGACAAUCAAAUUUGAACAAAAAAAUUACUUUGGCAAAAUAUCAAUUUUAAGGAUGUGCCAUUUCAAAUUUGUAUAUGUAUAUUUUUUCCUUCAGCUGAAUUGUACGGCAGCUCAUAAAGAAAUGGAAGUUGUUUCAUUAUGCCAGUUAUUUCUUUGUGUCCUAAAAAUCAAGCCCUUUAACAGGCGGGUUUGCUUUUCAAAUCCAGUGUGGACUUCAGUAUUGCCUCCAGUUACAGUAAUGACCUGCGUUUGUGAUUUUUAUGUUUUCUUCUGAUUGGUAUGUUUUGUACCUAUUUAAUUGCAUGUACCAGUCGGUUCCCAGCUUAAAGUUAAGACUCGUGAAAACGGUGCAUAUAGGAAAUCUCGGAUAGCUCUGAGGUUUUUUUUAAACUCUAGUUUAUCCCGCUGUUGAGCUUUAGUCGAUGGAAACAGGACUGUUUGUUUUAAAUAUACCAAAGCAUGCUUGUUUUUCUUUUGUUUGUAACCUUGAGUUGUUGUUGUUGUUACCAGUCACUUAACUCUUGAUUUAACCAAAGAUUGUGUGUCGGUCCUUUUGUGUUUUUAAAAAGGGAGAUGUCUGUCUUUCAAUGUUCUUCCUGUUUUGUUUCUUUUUGUUGUUGUUUUUUUUUUUUUUUUACUCAA